GCUGACGCGGUGGUCGUUCGGAGGCGCUGUCGCGGUAGUGGUUCGGCGGAACGCCGGCCGUUGGGACUCCCAGGCCGGGUAGGAGCGGUGGCAAGGCGCGGCCGGCGACAUGUCCCUGCCCGCGGAGAAAGCCUCGGAGCUGAAGCAGCUCAUCCACCAGCAGCUGAACAAGAUGGAUGUCCACGGCAGAAUACGAGAAAUCCUUGCUGAGACUAUACGUGAAGAACUGGCACCUGAUCAACAACAGUUAUCAACAGAAGAUUUGAUCAAAGCGCUUAGACGUAGAGGAAUCAUUGAUGAUGUGAUGAAAGAACUGAAUUUUGUUACUGACAAGGUUGAUCAAGAACUCCCUACCUCUCCAAAACAACCUGCUUGUUUUACUGAUAAACAAUCAACGUUGUUAAAAAAAACUAAUAUUGAUCCAACACGGAGGUAUCUUUACCUUCAGGUUUUGGGUGGAAAAGCUUUCUUGGAACAUCUACAAGAACCCGAGCCCUUACCGGGACAAGUUUGUUCGACCUUUACUUUAUGUUUACAUUUUCGAAACCAACGUUUUCGUUCUAAACCUGUUCCAUGUGCCUGUGAACCAGAUUUUCAUGAUGGCUUUUUACUUGAAGUGCACAGAGAAAGCUUAGGUGAUGGAACUAGAAUGGCUGACUCAACAACGAUGCUGUCAAUAAGCGAUCCAGUUCAUAUGGUGCUAAUCAAAACAGACGUAUUUGGUGAGACCACUUUAGUGGCAUCCUAUUUUCUUGAAUGGCGAUCAGUUUUGGGGUCAGAAAAUGGAGUGGCCAAUGUGACUGUGGAACUUAUGGGUGUAGGCACAGAAUCAAAAGUUUCUGUGGGAAUCUUAAAUAUAAAACUUGAGAUGUACCCACCGCUCAAUCAGAUGUUAUCUCAAGAAGUAGUGAACACACAGCUUGCUUUGGAACGUCAGAAAACAGCAGAGAGAGAGCGGUUGUUUCUUGUAUAUGCUAAGCAGUGGUGGAGAGAAUAUUUGCAGAUUCGACCCUCACACAACUCACGACUGGUGAAGAUAUUUGCACAGGAUGAAAAUGGGAUAAAUAGACCAGUCUGUUCCUAUGUUAAACCACUUCGAGCUGGACGGCUUCUGGAUACUCCAAGACAAGCAGCAAGAUUUGUUAAUGUCCUGGGUUAUGAGAGAGCCCCUGUCAUUGGAGGAGGAGGUAAACAGGAGCAGUGGUGCACUCUGCUGGCCUUUCUCUGUAGAAACAAGGGUGACUGUGAAGACCAUGCUAACCUUCUGUGCAGCCUUCUUCUCGGAUAUGGACUAGAAGCCUUUGUCUGUGUUGGAACGAAGGCUAAGGGUGUGCCUCAUGCUUGGGUUAUGACUUGUGGAACUGAUGGAACAGUCACUUUUUGGGAGAGUUUAACAGGGCACAGGUACAUCCACAAACCUAUCAAUCCUGAUGAAUCUCCACUUGCCGAACAGCCCAAACCCUUGUACCCAUAUCGAACAAUUGGUUGUGUUUUCAAUCAUCAGAUGUUCCUGGGAAAUUGUCAGCCCUCUGACUCAGUGGAAGUCUGUGUAUUUGAUUUGAAUGAUGAAUCCAAGUGGAAACCAAUGAGUGAAGAAGCAAUUAAAUCUGUGUGUGCUCCAGGAGCUACAACGUCGCUUCCUCCCUUUCCGCCACUGUGUGCUUCCAUGAUAGAUGCCUCAGUAACAAGUAAUGAGAUGGAGAUGCAGCUGAGGCUGCUAGUGUCAGAACACAGGAAGGAUCUUGGCCUCACUACCAUUUGGGAAGACCAGCUUUCCUAUCUUUUAUCACCAGCCUUGGCUUCCUACGAAUUUGAGCGUACAACAAGCAUAUCUGCGGGCAAUGAGGAAUUUCAGGAUGCCAUAAGGAGGGCUGUACCUGAUGGCCACACAUUUAAAGGCUUCCCAAUACACUUUGUGUACAGAAAUGCAAGGCGUGCAUUUGCCACGUGUCUUCGAUCUCCUUUCUGUGAAGAAAUAAUCUGUUGCCGUGGCGACCAGGUGCGACUGGCAGUUCGUGUCCGAGUGUUUACAUACCCUGAAUCUGCAUGUGCUGUUUGGAUCAUGUUUGCUUUGACCUUUUGCUUUCUACGUGUAUGAUGUCCUUGAUGUCAUUCCACAGCUCGUCUGGUCUUCAGUCAUUACUGUUCAAUGCAUCAAAUCUGUGCUUGAGAUGAUCUCUAAAUUCAGGUGGGAUAUACUCAAGGGUGUGUUUUGGGUCUUGUGGACUUGCUCUGAUUUUCUUCAGUUUUAGCUUGAACUUGCAUUGAACAGGUGUUGGUCUGUUCCAUAGUCAGCCCCUGGCCUUGUUCUGAUUGAUGAUAUUGAAUUUUUCCAUCAUCUGUUUCCACAAAUGUAGCCGAUUUGAUUCCUAUGUGUUCUAUCUGGUGAGGUUUAUGUGUAUAAUCGCUGUUUAUGUUGGCGAAAAGAAGUAUUCACAGUGAAGAAAUUGUUGGUCUUGCAAAAUUCUGUCAUUCAGUUUCUGGCAUUGUUUCUGUCACCAAGGCCAUAUUUUCCAACUACCAAUUCUUGUUUCCAACUUUCGCAUUCCAAUCACCAGUAAUUAUCAGUGCAUCCUGAUUGCAUGUUCGAUCAAUUUCAGACUGUAGAAGGUGAUAAAAAUCUUGCAUUUCUUCAACUUUGGUCUUAGUGGUUAGUGUAUAAAUUUGAAUAAUAGUCUUAUUAACUGGUCUUCCUUGUAGGCAUAAGGAUAUUAUCCUAUCACUGACAGUGUUGUACUUAAGGAUAGGCCUUGAAAUGUUCUUUUUGACGAUGAAUGCAACACCAUUCCUAUUCAAGUUGUCAUUUCCAGCAUAGUAGACUAUAUGAUUGUCUGAUUCAAAAUGGCCAAUACCAGUCCAUUUCAGCUCACUAAUACCCAGGAUAUCAAUGUUUAUGCGUACCAUUUCAUUGUUGAUGAUUUCCAGUUUUCCUAGAUUCAUACUUCGUAUAUUCCAGAUUCUGAUUAUUAAUGGAUGUGUGCAGCUGUUUCUUCUCAUUUUGAAUUGUGCCACAUCAGCAAAUGAAGGUCCCGAAAGCUUGACUCCAUCCACAUCAUUAAGGUCAACUCUGCUUUGAGGAGGCAGCUCUUCCCCAGUCAUCUUUUGAGUGCCUUCCAACCUGGGGGGCUCGCCUUCCAACCUGGGGGGCUCAUCUUCCAGCACUAUAUCAGACAGUGUUCUGCUGCUAUUCAUAAGGUUUUCACUGGCUAAUUGUUUUCAGAAAUAGACUGUCGGGUCCUUCUUCCUAGUCUGUCUUAGUCUGGAAGCUGAGCUGAAACCUGUCCUCUGUGGGUGACCCUGCUGGUAGCUGAAUAACAGUGGCAUAGCUUCCAGCAUCACAGCAACACGCAAGCCCCCACAGUACAAUAAACUGACAGACACGUGGGGGUUCAUGCCCUAUACUAAACAAAAUAGCUUAGGUUAGACUUCAGUUUGCGAUUAAAUGAUUUUUCUUUGACUCUUAGAUAACAGUUAAGUACUCUGUACUUAAGUACAUAAGUACAGGAAUUGGAGGGUCUGUUUUUAACAUGUGCUUAACCUUUAUACCAAUGAUAAACUAGUUUCUGUGGUAUCGGUUCUGACUCAUGGCAACCCAAUGUCUACCUGAUUAAAACUGUACUCCAUAGGGUUUUCAAUGGCUGAUUUUUUGGAAGUAGAUCUCCAGACCUUUCUUCCAAGGCAGCUCUAGGUGGACUCAAGCCACCAAUCUUUUGGUUAGCAGCCAAGCGUAGUAACUGUUUGCUUCAAAGUAGCAUUGCUUUGCAGCAGCUUUUAUUUGAGAAAUAAUUUGAGAUUGGCAAAAGGCUAUAUAAAAAUCUUAAAAACAAAGUAGCUAAACCUGAACUAGAAGCCAGUCAAUUUUGAAGUGUCUUUACAUAUUGUGUAUAGCAUAUUCUACAUUUAAAGCAGAAGUUUAGUUGUGAUCAUUAAUGUAUUUAAAUAUGGGUUUUGGAUGUUGUUUAAUAUUAUCUUCUGAGUUUAUUUGGUAUACUCAUUGUAAUUAACUUUGACAUAUUUGGUUUUUGAAUUAACUACUUGACACUAGUGUUGAAAUAGUCAUGUUAAAAGAAAGGCGACAUUCUUAGCUGGCAUUCCUAUGAAAGAUUUUUUUCUCCGAUGCCACUGAGUUUAGACCUGUGCUGGUAUUCUAAAGCAGAUGUUUUCUAGUGUUUUUGAAUAUAGCUAUUGUGUUUUUUUUUCCCCCCCUCCCUUUUUGGCAUCUGAUCAACACUAGACUCUUAUAUUUUUGAUGUCAUUUCAUAUUUUAUGGCCUGGAAUUACUCCAUUUUGGAUUUAAAAGGAAUCUUAGGGCUUCCAGACUCCUUAAUUUACAGAUUAAUGAAAUGGAGAUUCAGCGAAGUUCCUUGCCCAAUAUCUCUAGUGGUAGAUCAGUUCCAGAACUCAAACUCUGACUUUGUUUACUUCUUUUUGCUGUAUCUCUGAGUGUACAAAUUAAGGUUUUUCUUUCUGCGGGAUGGCAUUAUUGCGUAUGACUAAGUAACCACCCAACAGAUAAUGUGGAAGAAUUUUUAUGAUGCCAUAAGCUGGGAGAUGCUGCUGUGCCCUCUGUUUGAAAAAAAAGUGCUGAUCACCUCUCAGGCCACCAUUCCAAUUUUCUGUUUCUCAUUUUAGUGGUUCUACCCUAGAGGUAGGAAUAUGGAAGGCACCUGUCUCUUAUGGUACUUAUCAUGAAACCUAUCAAAAAUUACAAUAAUAUAUAGAGUGGACUUACAUAUGUAUACAUGUGUAUACAUAUAUAUGUGUGUGUGUAUAUAUAUGUAUAUAUAUAAGUAAAAUAGUACAUAGCUGGACAAUGAACAAGGAAGACCGAAGAAGAAUUGAUGCCUUUAAAUUAUGGUGUUGGCUAAAAAUAGUGAAUAUGCUAUGGACUGCCAAAAGAAUGAACAGUCUGUCUUAGAAGAAGUACCGACAGAAUGUUUCUUAGAAGCAGGAAUGGCUUGACUUCGUCUCACAUACUUUGAACAUGUUAUCGGGGGGUUCAGUCCCUGGAGAAAGACAUGCUUGGUAAAGCAAGGGUUGGCGAAAAAGAGGAAGACCCUCAACGAGAUGGAUUGACAUGGUGACUUCCACAAUGAGCUCAAGCAUAGCAAGCGUUGUGAGGAUGGCACAUGACUGGGCAGCAUUUCGUUCUGUUGUGCGUAGGGUGGCUGUGAGUUGGAACCAACUCGACGGCCCCUGACAGUAACAAUAGAUUGUCAAGUCGCUGACAGAUAUGGCCAGAAUUAUAUUUUGUGGAGGCUGCCUGGGGAAGCUUUGGCAGUGAGCUGUCUAAGGUUACUCAUGGUGUGGUAGGUCAAUAAUACGAACCUUGUUGCCAUCGAGUCGAUUCUGACUCAUACCUAUCCUGUAGGAGAGAGCAGAACUGCCCCAUAGGGUUUCCAAGGAGCAGCUGCUGGAUUUGAACUGCCGACCUUUUGGUUAGUAGCCAUAGCUUUUAACCAGGGCCCCUCAAUAAUAUGAAGGCAUGUAGAAUUUUACUAUUUGGUUACUUAACAAGAGAUUCAGUGGAUGACUGAGAUACUGGGAUAGUGCCCACUCAUCUGCAUCCAGAAAAAAUUUUAGUUAUAUUCAGUCUGUAUUCUGAGAGAAUUCUGAAAUUCAGUCACAAAGUUGGUGUAACUGGCCAGUUUUUAUUUAAAUUUUACAUCUUUGUCAAAAUGUAUGGUUAAGGGAAUGAUAGUAUGACAGUACAAAACAAGGAAAUGAUUGUCAGAAGUUACAAAAAUCUUAUUUGGUUUGGUCAUAAGUAAACAUUUUAUUACGAACUUCUAGUUUUUUAAACAGUUUUAUUGAGAUAUAAUUCACGUGCCAUAAAUUUACCCACGUAUGAGCGGCCAUCAGUCAAUUUUAGGACAUUUUCACCACCUCGAAAAGAAGUGCUGUAGCCUGCAGCUGUCACCCGCGUUCUCCCUCUCCUUCCCAUUCCUAAGAAAACACUAAUGAGUAUUUUAUCUCUAUAUUUCCCUAUUUUAGACAUCUCAUAUGAGUGGAAUCAUACAAUAUGUGGUCUUUUGUGACUGGCGUCUUUCAUUUAGCAUGAUAUUCCCAAGGUUCAUCCAUGGUGUAGCAUGUAUUAGUACUUCAUUCCUUUUUAUGACCAAAUAAAUAAUAUUCCACUGUUAUGGAUAGAUCAUAUUUUGUUUCAGUUUUCUCCAUUGAUGGACAUUUGAGUUGUUUCUACCUUUUGGCUAUUGUGAAUAAUGCUGCUGUGAAUAUUUGCUUACAAGUUUUUGUGUGUGCAUAGGUUUUUAUUUCUCCUGGCGUGGAAUUGCUGGGUCAUAUGAUGACUCUAUGUUUAAUCAUUUAAACUACCACUACCACUCUUUUCCAGGGUGCUAUACCGUUUUACAUUCCCACUAGCAGUGUAUGAGAGUUCUGAUUUUUCCACAUUCUCUCUAACACCUGAUACUGACUUUUUUAUUCUAGCCAUCCUAGUGGGUGUAAGUGGUAUCUCAUUGUGGUUUUGAUAUGCAUUUCAUGGUGACUAACGAAGCGGAGUAUCUUUCAUGUGCUUAUAGGCCAUUUGUAUAUUUUCUUCAGAGAGAGUACUCAGAUCCUGUCUGAGUCAUCUAGUAUUGCUGAAACAAAAAUACCACAAGUGGAUGGCUUUAACAAAGAGAAAUUUAUUCUUCCACAGUCUAGGAGGUUAGAAGUCUGAUUUCAGAGUCCCAGCUCCAGGGGAAUGCUUUCUGUCUCUGUCGGCUCUGGAGGAAGAUCCUUGUCAUCACCCUUUCCUGGUGAAGGAGCUUCUCAGUCGAGGGACCCUGGGUCCAAAGAUGUGUCAUUAUCCUGGUUCUUGUUUCUUGUUGGUAUGGGGUCCCCUUGUCUCUCUGCUGGUUUCUAUCUUUUAUAUCUCGAAAGAGAUUGAUUUAAGACACAGCCUAAUCUUGUAGAUUGAGUCCUGCCUCAUUAACAUAACUGCCGCCAAACCCACCUCAUUAACACCAAACAGAUAGGAUUUACAACACAUAGGAAAUUCACAUGAGGUGACAAGACAAAAUGGUGGACAGUCACACAAUACUGGGAAUCAUGGCCUAGCCAAGUUGACACACAUUUUUGGGGGACACAAUUCUUUCCAUAACAGAUCCUUUGCCCAUUUUUAAAUUGGGUUAUCUCUUUAUUGUUGAGUUUUUUUUCUUUUUAAUUAACUUUUAUUGAGCUUCAAGUGAACGUUUACAAAUCAAGUCAGACUGUCACAUAUAAGUUUAUAUACACCUUACUCCGUACUCCCACUUGCUCUCCCCCUAAUGAGUCAGCCCUUCCAGUCUCUCCUUUCAUGACAAUUUUACCAGCUUCCAACUCUCUCUAUCCUCUCAUUCCCCCUCCAGACAGGAGAUGCUAACACAGUCUCAAGUGUCCACCUGAUAUAAUUAGCUCACUCUUCAUCAGCAUCUCUCUCCUACCCACUG